UUAGCAACCAAUCAAAUCAUUGUUGUCAACGCGUUGUUAUGGAGCUGGACUUCAGUUUAAAUCACAAAAGAGCCUGCAUACUUUUAAUCGCAUAAACGUGAAUUUACUGUGAUAUAAAUUUGAAAAAUGUCCUCCAUGGACCGACUGGAAGUUCUACGAGAACGUAACAAAGAGUUGUUGAAGCAGCUAAAGCAGCAGAGAGAGAAACUGGAGCGUUUGAGCGGCUGCAAUCAGAGCCGCAAGAGGGAGCGAGAGGGCGGGGCAGAGGAGAGCACCGAGCCCGCAGAGGUGCUCACUCUAACCGGCGGAGACCGCGGUCCUGCCCGGGCCGCCCUCGCUAAACCUACCGUGAGAUUUGCGGAUACAUGUGAGAGCCAAACAGGCACCCAGAGUGCUGUUCCAACACCGUAUUUGACCUCCAAACACAGAGAGGGGACUGCUGAUGAACAUAAAACACCAUACGACCUUUUAAAAGACAGCGACAGACAUCCUCUUGUCCACAGCAGGAAUCAGAAUAUAAAGCCAGCCAGCACCAAGUCCUGUCUCGUAAAUCACAGCAAAGACCAGCAGGAGAUCCAGAGUCGAGUCACAUUUCAGUCUGAUGAAUGUGAAGAGACGCCUGCCUCAGACAGGCAUCAUUUGCCGCCUUUACUCGGGUAUGACUGGAUUGCAGGAGUCCUGGAUGCUGAGGAUUCCUUGAUAGAACGCUCUGACGAGUUCUUCAAUGACCUGCGAACGUUUCGAUCACUCAAUAAAGACGAGUGUGUCCACAGCCCACUGACAGAAUUUUCUGAGGAGAACCACCCAGUCCUGCCGCCGCUGACAGACAAGGACGGUCCACAGGCUAACACAGAUACUCAUCAAUGUACGUUUUCCUACAGGAUUAACAGCAGAUUGUUCCCCGUCCCACUUCACUCUCAGGAGUGCUGUCCGGUGUGUAAAAAGCACAAAUCCUCCCACCCCCACACUGCUGCUGAACCAGCUCUCAUCAGGGUCAGCAUCCCUUGCUCCGCCCUCCAGCCGGCACACAAGUACAAAGCUCAUCGUCGAUGCAGUUUUGACCCCUCUGAUAGUUUGGGGUUACCAUCGCACUGUCUCUCAGGCUGGUCGAACACGGGUCAGAGCACGCUGCCGCCACCCAGCAGCCUCGACCUGCGGAGCGGUCUGAAUGUGAACAGCUCCUGCGGGUCACAGAAGGAGGAACUGGAGGAUCUCGCCACACGCAAAGUGUCCGCCGACCAGAUCUCUGAUGUGUCUCGCUUGGCUCGUCACAACUUCCAACACUUCUCUUCUAAAAGAAAACUAGGAAGCACAUUUUACCCUUUGCACUGACAAACAAUCAGAGUCUGUUUUUUCAAGUGAUUAAAGCGGUUCCUGAGCCACCCAAAAUGAUUUCCUUUCUGUUUCUCUUUCUGCAUUGUAUUUUUUUUUAUAAAGAUUUAAUCUCAAUCAUGUUUUUCUGUAAAAGCGCUGCUAAAUUUGUAUGAUAAACAGUGAUCUCAAGGUAGAAUGCAUGGCUAUUUGUAAAUGCCUGAUCUUAAAUAAAUACAUUUUGGAGUUGAACUUUA